AUGCAGAAACGGGGCAAACGUUAUUUGUUGACGCUGCUUGUCAGUCUGGACUCCGGUCCCCUUUUUCUGUCAUUGUCUUAUAUUAUCUUUGAAGUCUCUCCCACUUCCAUGGGGAGUGCAUGCAACCGGCUUUCCUUGCGAGUCGCCUCCCUUCGAAUCUCACUGCGCUUCCGGAGCUGAGCCAGCAGGAGGCUCUACUGGGUUCCUGUUCCAGAAGGACAAGAAGAUCUGCGCCAGGACUGGGACGGCGGAUUUUCUGUAGGUUGUUUUACAGGCAUCCAUCCUUUUCAGUGGCAACUCGUUUUUGUUUUUGUUUUUGUUUUUUCCUUUCUCGAGUUAGAGCUGAAAGACUCUUCCGACGUUCAAUGGGGGAUGGCCAGGAAGGCUUCUUUUGCGAGCAGGCAGAGGUGCAGAAAGGUAAACCGGCACCGUGACGGCAGGAGCAAUAACAGCAGCAGCAGCCACCGCCGUGGGAAAGGUAAAACGAUUCAGGGCAAUUAUUAACUUGAGGAUAGUCUAUAAAAGAAGUUCACAGCAUGUUCAGAAGAUCAAGCAAAAAUUCCAGUGAACAUUCAAAUCACUAAAAUGACCAAAAUCUGAAACAUAUGAAUUAGCUCCUGACAAGAAACUGUAGCACUUGGAUGUUUCCAAUGAUGUGCUCUUAACCUCUGCAUCUUAUUGUCUGCCAGAAAACUCAUCUAUUAAAGAAUAUAACAAUUGAAGGAACAUGUCUAACAAUGCAGAAAUAAUCAAUCUAUCAUUUUUAUUAGAGCAUGAAAGAGAGACAAUAUUGGGAGUAUUAAAAAGAGAUGAAUAUUUGAAAAAAAUGGAAGAUAAACGAAUCAGAAAACUAAAGAAUGAGUUAUUGGAAGUGAAACGUAAAGGUGGACGGCAUCACCAGCAACAUAACAGCAGGGUCUGCACUCGCUGUCAGAAAAAUUUGGGCUUAAUUUUUGACAGAGGUGACCACUGCCAAAUAUGUGGCCUGAGAGUUUGUAACAAAUGUCAUGUUUUAGGAACUGAUGGCAGUUGGAAGUGCACAGUGUGUGAUAAAAUUACGCAGCUUAGGGUAGUAACAGGUGAAUGGUUCUUUGAAGAGAGAGCAAAACGCUUCAAGCAGUCCAAGCUCCUUGGAACUGAUAUUGUUCGGCAGUCUAUUCUUCUCAAAGGUCCAGAUUCUUCCUCUGCACUGUUAGAAAGCAGAUCCAAAGAUCAUUCUCCAAAAACCUUAGAGGAUACAUCAAAGCAAGAUAUGUUAGCUUCAUUUACAAGUGGGACAAAAUUCGUUCUCACUGGGCCUAGGAAAAUAGGGGGGAACACCUUUCCCUCAGAUAGUCAUCUUCUUGGAGACAUAACUGGCAACAUGAAAAAUGCUGAAAGUCAAAGCAAUGCUUCUACUCCACUCUGUCCAAGAUCACCAGCACUGAGUGCACACAGCAUGACUAUUGACUACAGCAGGGAUUUGGAAUUAGAAAACAACAUUGUUAUGUCUAUCAGUGAAAGUAUCCCUGCAGAUUUGUCAAAAAGGCAUCGUAGGAAAAGUUCUAGAACACCUUCUAUGGCAAUUUCUAAGACAUCUUUAACAUCUGAUCGUAGUAGGUCAGAGAGAGAUCUCAAUGGAUCCUUUUCAGAAGGAAAUGAAGAUACUUUAAGCUUAAGAAGUAAAUCUGUACCUGGAGCACUGGACCAUGAUGUGGACUACCUGAAUGAAGCAGAAGAGAAUAUGGAUGACAUUAUAACCUCUGGCUUUUCCAAAAGGCAAAGUAAUUUGGCAAGUGGAUUUUCCACAAAUUCUUCAAAUUCUGAAAGGAAAUGGAACUACUUAAAUGUUCCAGAAGCAGAUGGUGAUACUACCAGCAUUAACAGUAUGAUGAGUGUUUACAGUGAAACUGGGGACUAUGGAAAUCUGAAUAUUAGUGGUGAAAUUUGUCUGCAAAUUAGCUACAGCUAUAAAACAGGAGCCCUUAACAUACUUGUAAAAAAAUGCAAGAACUUGGCCAUUGCUGAUGAAAAGAAACAAAGAACAGAUCCUUAUGUCAAAGCAUAUCUUCUGCCAGACAAGUCUCGCCAGAACAAAAGAAAGACAAAAAUCAAAAGUAAUAGCACUGAUCCAGAAUUCAAUGAAAUGCUUAAGUAUGUCAUUAGCCACACGCAGCUUGAGACUCGGACUCUGCAACUUUCUGUCUGGCAUUAUGACAGAUUUGGGCGUAACAGCUUUCUGGGAGAAGUAGAGAUUCCCUUGGACUCCUGGAACUUUGAAAAUCAAAUUGAUGAAUGGUUCAUGCUUCAGCCCAAGAUGGCGAUUGCUACUGAUAUUGGGCUGCAGUAUAAAGGAGAAAUAAUUGUUGCUUUACGGUACACCCCACCUGAGAGGAACCUAACACUUCCUCUGGGAGAGAUUCAAGGAAAGAAGAGUUCAAAGAAAGAAAAGAAGUCAACCGCACAAGUACCAUCAGGAGGCAUAUUGGAAAUUGUCAUCAAGGAAGCCAAGAAUUUAAUGGCAGUGAAAUCAGGAGGCACUUCAGAUACGUUUGUGAAAGGAUACUUGCUUCCUGACAACAAAUCUUCAAAGUAUAAAACCCAUGUAAUAAAAAAGAGUGUGAAUCCCUACUGGAAUCAUAUGUUCAGUUUUAGUGGCUUGAACCCUAGAGAUAUGCACAAUGUCUGUGUAGAACUCACUGUUUGGGACAAGGAGUCUCUCGCCAGCAACAUUUUCCUGGGUGGUGUUCGCUUGAGUAUUGGAAGUGGUAUAAGCAAUGGCAAAGAAGUUGACUGGAUGGAUUCUCAAGGAGAAGAGCGACUUCUUUGGCAAAGAAUGAUUGAUUGUCCUGGAGAUUCUGUAGAAGGUGUAUUAAUGCUGAGAUCCAGCAUGGGGAAACGCAGACUCUGAGGAGUAUGGUUUGCAUAAGGCUGAUGCUACAGUAGUGUAAUUUUAAAUUGUAAUAAGAUGUAAUGGAGACUGGUCUCCUGUCAUGAUUUGCACGUGUAAACAUAAGGAAGUUUAUUUUUACUCUGAAUUUAAAUUUUCUGAAAUGGAUUAUGAAUGCAUUCAGCACUUUCCUAAAUCCAUGCUGUAGCUCUUGAGCCCAGGCAAAAUCAGUAAAGUCAUUUCCAAAACAAGAUUUGCUGAGUUGUUAGAAUGAGGCCAUAUAAUACUCUCUACAGAAUACGGCUUAAAGAUUUUUCUUUAUUAUUUCAAAAUGUUUUCUCAAAAAACAGUAUCAGUGAUUGAUAAAUGAAUGAAAAGACACUGAAGCUAGUUCAUUGUAAUCCAAUUUCAAAUAAGUCUAAUGAGCUUGGGAAGUGAGCACCAAGAUUGGAGGCACGCUCUAGGAGUAAUUAUGUCCCUAGUUUUCCCACACUGAUACCCACUGCCCUUAAUUCUAUUAGUUCCUAAUAGGUUUUAUAAUAAAGAGUUAGAGAGUCUCAAGUUACCUGUUCAUAAACAAAAUGGCAUGGGUUAGAGGCAGUGGUGGGAUUCAAAUAAUUUAACAACUGGUUCUCUACCCUAAUGACCGGCUGGGUGGCUGUGGCCAUGGUGGGCAUGGCCAGGAAUGUGUGGCAGGCAGCACUCAGACUCCUGCACCCCCCUGGGAGCGAAAACGGGCCACGGGGGGGGGCUGCCUCCUCGUGCCCCAUUUUGGACCUAGGUGGCCUCCCUGAAGCCUCCUGGGAAUGGAAAUGGGCCACGAGGGGGCACCGACCCCCUGUGCCCCGUUCUGGGCCUAGUAGGCCUCCCUGCGCUUAACCUGGGAGCCAAAAUGGGGCACAUGGGGAUUCCUGGAAGGGGCAGGGCCAGAAGGGGCAAGGCCAACUAGCAAUUUAACUACCGGUUCACUCGAACAGACUGUAUCACACCACUGGAUUCAGCCGGUUCGCACUGGUUCAGGAGAACGGUUUGUUAACUCUUUGUGGAGUUCUAUGAAACAGCUGAAUAGUCAAGGCUGCCUGCCUGCCUGUUGAUUCCAGCAGCUCACACACACCUCAGAUAUUCCUGCUCGUUUGUAAUUAACCAAAAGAAGGGAAAAGAAAAAGAAGAAAUAGCCACAUACCAUAUUUUUCAGACUCUAAGAUACACCAGGGUAUAAGAUGCACCAAGAUUUCGAAGAGGUAAGUAAGGGGGGAAAAGGGUUUUGGCCCUCCUUCAGUCCCUAGGAGCACUCUGCAGACCUCCUAAUUCCUCUGCAUGCCUCGUUUUUUGCUAAAACAGGCCCAUUUUUUGCUUACUUUUGCAAAAAAUGGGGCACGCAGAGGGUUUGGGAGGCAUGCAGAGUGUUCCUGGGGGCUGGGGAGAACAAAAAUGCCCCCAUUUUUGCCCUCCCCAGCCCCCAGGAGCACUCUGCCGGCCUCCCAAACUCUCUGUGCACCAUUUUUGCGAAAAACAGCCCCAUUUUUCACAAAAAUGGGACUUGUGGGGCUUUGGGAGGCCAAAAAUGGCUGUAUUCGGUGUAUAAGACGCACCAACAUUUCCACCCUCUUUUAGGAGGGAAAAAAGUGUGUCUUAUACUCUGAAAAAUAUGGUAGCUGUUUCCUCAGCCGAAAAAUGCUAGCCCCUUUAAAACUCAGGGAGGAAAUAAAGUGAAAGAGAGGUUUUUUUCUUCUUUUUCUCUCUCCCUUCAGUUAAUAGCUCCUGGCAGACAGCCAAGAACCAUUUAACAGGAGAAUACUUAGGUGCAAUAACAAAACCGCAGGAAUGCAGUCAGCACAGAAACAAUAGAAAGUUACAGAUCAUACAGAUUAACAGAGUUCGAAGGGACCUUGUAGGUCAUCUAGUCCAACCCCCGCCAAAGCAGGAGACCCUAUACCAUUUUUGACAAAUGGCCGUCCAAUCUCUUCGUGAAAGCCUCCAGUGAUGAAGCUCCCACAACUUCUGAAAGCAAGCUGUUCCAUUGGUUGAUUGUUCUCACUGUUCGAAAAUUCCUCCUUAUUUCUAGGUUGAAUCUCUCCUUGUUCUUGACAGGAUUAGGCCAGCGAAGGCAUUUUAAAAGUGUUAAUAUAGAGCAGAAAUUUCUUGUCAGAGUUCUUAUGUCUUUUUAAAUAUAUGUUCUAAUUAACAGAAUUGAUUUUAUUAAUUUGGAAUAGGAUUGCAAAGUUGAUAACCAUUUGUCUGAAGUGGUGUAGGGAUUCCUGCCUAAGCAGGGGGUUGGACUAGAAGACCUCCAAGGUCCCUUCCAACUCUGCUAUUCUAUUCUGUUCUGUUCUGUUUUGUUCUGUUCUAUUCUAUUCUAUUCUAUUCUAUUCUAUUCUAUUCUAUUCUAUUCUAUGCUAUGCUACGCUACGCUACGCUACGCUAUAAAGCUGACAAGCCUGGAUUGGAGACCCAAGCGUGGUGAUACAGGAUGAACUCUGUUCCUUGCCCCAGCUCAUGCCCCCCUAGCAGUUUGAAAGCAUGCUAAUGUAAAUACAGAUUAAUAGGUACUACUUCGGGAAGGUAACAACAUUCCGUGUGCCUUUGGCAUAUAGCCAUGCUGUCCACAUGAUCACAGAAAAUGUCUUUGGACAAUGCUGACUCCCUUGGCCAAGAAAAUGAGAUGAGCAGUGUGCCCUAGAGUUGGACCCGCUGAACAGAGAAACCUUUACCUUUUUUUACCUGUACAUUGUUAUUAAGGUCUAUGUCAGACUGAGACAUGAGCAGAUUUUCAAAUAUAGCUUUCACUCUAGUUACAAUUUAAAAAUAAAAUCAAAUCCUUAUUGUGGUCAUAAACCAGCAUAAGGAGGAUGGGGUUCAGUCAAUUAAAAAGCACAAAAAAUACAUCAGAGUCUAAUAAUAAUGAAAAGCUAAAUGCUAUAAAAAUACAUUAAAACAAAGUAUAUAUAAAAAAACAAGAAUAUAAAAGAGGUAAAGCAUUAGAUGGGUGUAAGGGAACAUAAAAGUUAGUAUAUGGAAAACUGUAUCAAAUGACAGAACAUUUCAGUAUGUCAUAAAUCUAUCAUUAAGUCUAGUGUGUAGCACAGGUCCUAGCAACCUUGUAUAUUGCAGCAGGGUUGGUAUCUGAAAGCAAUAGAGCGGUGUAGAACUUUGUGCCCUGAGUAUUUAUCUAGUAAUGGUGAGAUGAGUACAAAUAUCUCUGCAGUGAAUACAGGCAUUAAAGAUACACAUGCUUUGUUGCUUCUGUGUGUCCAGAGUCAUAGAGGCAUUGUCUCUCCAGGCAGGGAAUCUUCUAUUGAUUUUUAUUUGGAAUUUUUUUUUAUUAUCGUGCACUUACACACAAAAAAUCUUGCCACUACUAUCGUGAUUAUCUUGAGAAAGUAUGCUGCCUCAAGUAUUCAGGUGGCACUUCAUUAUACCUUUACUGUCUUAGUUUUACAGAAGAUUAAGCAAUCAACAAAGUUUCAUGAUCUAUUUGGUUCUUUUUACAAAAGGACUCCCCCCUCCCAGCUUCUAAGAAUUUCUACAGUUCAGUCAGUGAUACAAGAUUAUGUAUAAUAAUGUUUUUGAAAUAAACAGAUAUUGGGAAGAC